GAUACACUGAGUUCAGCUCGGUUGAAAUUUUGCUGGCUUGAGGCUUCUAUAACAAGUUUGUUUGAACUCGACACCCAGAUUUACCCACAUCUACUUACUAUGAUGCCAGUCCAAGGACUUUUAUAACAGGUGGCUACUUUUGUGGCUUAUAUUUAAAAGUAUUGCACACCUAGCCACUGUUGGCACAAAACUUGCGUCUUCUUGUGCGUGCAUCUUCUUCUUCUCAAACUGAAGUUCAGUUCAGUAUUUGUACCGAACUUAAAAACGUGAUUAAAGUUGCACUUAUACAUAAUUUUUGGGUGUAAUUAUAUCUGAUUGACGGUCAAAUAUGUAAAAAGCCCCUUUAUUUUUGGGUAAAAUUCACAACUGACCUUGGAAUAAGCUGGUCUUGAACUUUUAACCUUCACUUCAAGGUCAAAAGUUUUGCCCAUGGAACAAAACUUGUUAAACUUGAAAGUUUGCUUAUUGGUCAAAUACAUGCUCCAAAGUCAAAAGUUCAAGAUCAGCUCCCAUUUGUGAACUUAACCUGUCUAAAUGGCCCAUCCAGAUUUCAGACCCGUAGCCCUUUACACUUCUCCAUUUUAUACAAACUACCAACUAAAACCGGUAAAUUCCACUACCAGGUUCCGACCGGGUUCUGCAAUCGCGGCCAAUCUUCAUCUCCGCUUCCUAAUCUGGCGAUGCUUCGACACGGUUCACGAUUCCUAUCUCGGGCCACCACGAUGAAGUGGCGCCGCCCAUUUUCGAUCGGCCUGCCGGCGGAAGCCCCUGUAGAUUCCAACUUCCUGGAGGCAUGGAGGAAAGCAAUUCCCAACGUGGAACCACCAAAGACUCCAUCUGCGUUCAUGGCCACUAGGCCCGCAACUCCAUCAUCCAUUCCCUCAAAGCUUACAGUCAACUUCGUCCUUCCUUACUCUUCUGAACUCUCCGGUAAAGAGGUUGACAUGGUUAUAAUCCCCGCAACUACGGGACAGAUGGGUGUCUUGCCUGGGCAUGUGGCAACAAUUGCUGAGCUGAAGCCUGGUGUCUUAUCAGUUCAUGAAGGCAACGACAUCUCCAAGUACUUUGUGAGUGGUGGGUUUGCAUUUGUUCAUGCAAAUUCUUUUGCAGAUAUAAUUGCUAUUGAAGCUGUACCACUUGACCGCAUCGAUUCCAAUUUGGUUCAAAAGGGCCUGACUGAGUUUACACAAAAGUUAAGUACAGCAUCAACUGAUGUAGAGAAAGCUGAAGCCCAGAUAGGCGUUGAUGUACAUAGUGCGCUUAAUGCUGCACUUACUGGUUAAACAAGCUGAGGUUUAUGUUUGUCCUUGUUCAGCAUACUUUCCCCUUCUUUCUGCCUACUUGAUUGUACUUGCGACCCUUUUGUAUAAGCUUCUCGAAGAGGUAUGGUGGUACCUGUUUUAUGCCUUGCAUCACUAGAAUAAAUAUGCCCGAGACAAGAUACCUUUUCAUAGACGUGGUUUGUCGCCCUGUUGGCUGUAAUUCUGAACUGCAGUUACGAGAAUAGGUUUAGUCGAAAUUGUUCAGAGGCACGUUUCAGCUUGGGAGGUCUUCUUUGCAUUGCUUCCCAGUUCUCUUGCCGUCUUAAUUAUGUUAAUUCAUUUUUGUGUAGAUGAAAAAUGGGUUACUUCCUCACA